AUGGCGCUCACGAAGCAGACGCAGGAGCGGAUUGCUCAGGUCGGUGAAGAAGUGGAGAUCGAUGACGACGACGCGGCGGUGCGCGCAGAUGAGAUCAUGCUAUUGGUAAGCAUCUUCGGCGAGCGAGCGCGAGGGAAGGACGUGGAGGCUGCGCGAGAGGCGAUGGACGUGGGCGAGACGUACGUUGGCGCCGCUCGCUCGCUCCGAUGUGAGAUCGAAGUCGAGCUCGAGCGGCGAGAGGAUGGAUUUCGCGUGCGCGCGACGGAUCAGACGAGCGAGGAGAUGCUGGUGGGGGCGACGCCGUCUGUGUUUCUGGAGUUUAUCUUCCCGAGGGACGGAUACCCGUCUCGCGCGCCGCCAUUUUUUGUGCUUCGGGCGGACUGGUUAUCGAACAGCCAUCUCUCGGCACUGACCGCUCAUUUGGAUCAGAUGUGGAACACGAACGUCGCACGAGGCGGAGGGCCGAUCGUGUACGAGUGGACGGAGUGGCUGCGAACCGACGCGCUGGAGGAGAUGUUAUUAGACUCUUGCGGAAUUCUCAAGUUGUCUGCGCGAGCUUUGUGCUGGGCGGGCGAAGAUUUUGAACUCGAUCCUCGAGGCAUCGUGAUGGCUCGAGACGCCAGAGAGGCAGAGCUUUCGAUUCUGCGGGCGGAUGCGGUUGCGCGUAGGCGUGACUUUCUUGCGUGUGGCGAUAACACGUGUGGCGUCUACGUGUCGGAUGAUGUAUCGGGACACGAUCUUCGCCGCGUGUCUGGCGCGUGCGGUCACUUCUUCUGCAUUGAAUGCGUCACUAGAAUGGCGCACGUGCACGUACGUGAAGGAACGGUGCUUAAGCUAGUCUGUCCUGAUCAAGAAUGUUCGUGCUCUAUAAAGCCGCACGUGUUGAAAGAGGUAUUGGGUGAUCAGGAAUUCGAGCGUUAUGAGACGCUCCUGCUCAGUAAGACGCUCGACGCCAUGAAUGACGUCGUUUAUUGUCCACGAUGCGAGUACCCGGUGAUUGAAGACGAAGAAAUGCGCUUGGUUCGCUGCGUCAAGUGCCUGUAUGCGUUUUGUACAUUAUGCCGAGCAAGUUUUCAUCCAGGCUCAGAGUGUUUGAAUAUAGAACAAAAGCUCGCCGUACUCGAGGGUAGAAAGCGUGGCAACUCGCAAAUGUCGAUAGAAGCACUGCGAAAGUACAGGGAGGAGAUCGCGGACGCGUCAGCUGAGGCAUACGUUGCUCGUGUGGGUAAAUCGUGUCCGGAAUGUCGGCAUGCGGUUGUCAAGAACGCAGGCUGCAACAAAAUUACGUGCGUGUGCGGGUGCUUCUUCUGUUGGACGUGCGGUAAAAAUCUCAUCGGUGAUGGGUACUCUCACUACCGAAACGUGAACAGUGAACCUGGGAAGAGCGCAUGUCAGCUCUUCAAUCUCGACACCAUCACUGCGUGGGAGAACGAAAUGGCUGAGCUCAAUCCGCAGCGUCAGGGCCGCGGACACAUCAAUCACGAGCGCGCGACGGACAUCGCCACGUGCAUUCGGUGUAAAGCUGCGAACGCGAUGUUUGAUCGAAAUAACCACGUACGUUGCUGGGCGUGCAAUUCAUCUUUUUGUGCUGCUUGCAAAAAGAUUGUGACGAAAACGUCCUAUCACUAUGGACCUGGAAAGUGCAAGCAGCACGGCUAG